AUGCCCAAUUUUAAGGUGCCAAUUAGUAUUGGGGAGUGGUGGAAGGAAGAUAUAGUGGAGGUUGAAAAUGAUUUUCUUGAGAACGGAGGAGACCCAGUUGUGUCUGAUGCUCUCACUAUAAAUGGUCAACCUGGUGAUCUCUAUCCAUGCUCGAAAUCAGGUACAUUCAAGUUAACGGUGGAACAUGGCAAAACCUAUUUACUCCGCAUGAUCAACGCAGGCAUGAGCGACAUUUUCUUCUUCUCAGUCGCAAAACAUCACCUCAUAGUCGUCGGAACGGAUGGAAGCUACACCAAGCCAUUCAAAGUUGACUAUGUCGCGAUAUCUCCCGGACAAACCCUAGAUGUCUUGCUAGAAGCUAACCAACGUCCCGACCACUAUUACAUAGCCACUAGGGUUUAUUCGAGUGCCAUUGGCGUUGACUAUGACAACACAACCGGGACAGCCAUUGUCUGCUACAAAGGAAAGUAUGCUCCAUCUUCAUCUCCUUCCUUACCCAAUCUUCCAGACUAUAAUGACACAAAUGCGUCGGCUAAUUUCACCGGUAGGUUAAGAAGUUUAGCUAGUGAAGACCACCCCAUCAAUGUCCCAUUAAACAUGACCACCAAGCUCAUUUUCACAGUCUCGGUCAAUGCCUUACCAUGUGAAAAUAAUUUGUGUGCCGGACCAUAUGGUACUAGGCUCUCCGCGAGUGUGAACAACAUAAGCUUUGUGUCUCCAUCAAUUGACAUACUUCAAGCUUACUAUAAUCACAUCAAUGGUGUGUACGGAGAUCAGUUUCCUAAUUUCCCGCCAUUGGUAUUCGAUUUUACCGCGGAAUAUCUUCCUUUCGAGCUGCAGUUGCCGAAAAAGGACACUGAAGUGAAAGUACUUGAAUAUAACUCCACGGUUGAGCUUGUCUACCAAAACACAAACUUGGUUGCAGGGACAGACCACCCCAUGCAUUUGCAUGGAUACAAUUUCUACGUGGUGGGGUGGGGAUUUGGUAAUUUCGACAAAGAUAAGGAUCCUUUGAGGUAUAAUCUCGUCGAUCCCCCAUUGCAGAACACCAUUGCAGUCCCCAAGAAUGGAUGGGCAGCCAUUAGAUUCAAGGCAAACAACCCUGGUAUGUGUGCCAUGACAUCUGCAAAACUUAAUAAUGGUUUUUUUUUUUUUUUUUUUUUUUAAAGUACUGUCAAUUAUAAAUCUAUAUAUCCACUUUAAGAGCUUAAGUUGAUUGAGAAAAUGUAUGUUUUGUUUCAGGAGUGUGGUUCAUGCAUUGUCAUGUUGACCGUCACCAAAGUUGGGGGAUGGAGAUGGCAUUCAUCGUGAAAAAUGGCAAGCGCCGAGAAGAAAAAAUGUUACCUCCACCUCCUUACAUGCCGCCAUGUUGAUACUUCUAACAAAGUCAUUGUCGUGAUUUUGUUUAUAUACGUGUGCAAUAAUCAUGUUUUUUUUUUUUUAUUUUAGGAAAAAUAAGAUUUUUCAAUGAGAUACAACAAUUGUCCGAACAAAUGGACAAGAAUCUUCAUUGGGGGAGAAUUUCUAAAAACUUGUCAAAUUCUCCAACAAGUGUUUUAUGUAAUUUUGAAACAUCAUGCAAAUCACAGAACGCUAGACAAUUCUUCUCUCACAUA